AUGAUUAAUUUCUGGAUAAAGUUAUUAAGGUUAACUGUCGCUUUACUUUAUAUUCUUGCCCUCAAAAAUGUAGUCCUGGGCGAAUAUAGGUCUAUCAACGGAACUAAUAAUGAUAAGGGCAAUUUUGGAGCGGCGAACAUGCCAUUCGUUCGCGAUAAAAUGACUAAAUACUACUAUUAUAAUAAUACAAACUUUACUAUGAUACUUACUCCUGGAAAUUAUGGUAUUCCUCUGCUGCCUGUUAGUAAUAAGUUAUCCCCUGAUUCGGGAACAAUAUUGCAAAUCUAUAUUCCGGGUGAUGAUGUUAAUUAUCAGUCACAAUAUAGUACUUUUCUUGGCCCAAAUCUUACAGUUACUCAACCAAGUUUAGCAUUCAAUCGUUCAUCAGGAAGCAAUUUUUUGGGAAGCAAUCAAGGAACACCUUUUCUUGACGCAUCGCACAUUUACGGAACUGUUGAUUGGAAGCUUCAUAUGAUUCGCGAUUAUGGAAAUAAAGGAAAAAUGAAACUUGAUACAAAUGGAAUUUCUGAUGAUUUUGCUAAUUUUGGUUAUCCACCAAAGGACCCACUUACCGGUGAUUACAUAUUAGGAAAUGCUUUCUCUGACAUGUUAUACACCAUUUUUUUACGUGAACACAAUCGAAAAUGUGAUGAAUCAUUUGCGAUUAAUCAUGCCAAUUGGGAUGAUGAAAGAUACUUUCAAGAAGCGCGAAAAUGGGUUAUUGCUCUCAUACAAAAGAUAACUUUUUACGAAUAUGUUAGUAUUCUAUUGGGUGCUCCACUACCAGCAUAUACCGGUUACAAUGCUAGCCUACGACCAGAAAUUGACUCAUUCUUUGUCACAACAGCAAUGCGUUAUGGUCACAGUGAAGUUAGUGAUGAAUAUCAUAUGGUCGAUCGUAAUGGAUAUACUACCACCACUUUGAAAUUAAACCAACUUCAAGAACCCCAUUUACUUGAGAAGUACGGUGUUCCAACACUUGCAGCUUCGAUUGCUCUUCAAGUGCAAGAUGAAGUUGAUAUAUUUUUUGCUGAUCAAAUGAGAUAUUUCAUGUAUAAAACAGAACUUAUGGAUUUGGCGAGUGUAGAUAUUACGAGAGGUCGCGAUCACGGUGUCCUAUUAUAUAAUGAUGCUAGAGAAGUGUUUAAUUUAAGUCGUGCCAAGACUUGGUCUGAUAUUUCGUCUGAUCCGCUUACUCAACAACGUUUACAAGCCGCAUAUGGCUCUGUUGACCUAGUUGAAGCUUUUCCAGGUGGUCUUGCUGAAGACCAUGUUAAUGGUUCAAAUCUUGGUCCUCUAUUUUACAAUAGCUAUGUGGAUCAGUGGACAAAAAUACGUGAUUUUGAUAGGUUUUGGUAUGAAUCUCCGGCUGCUGGGUUCACACAAGAUGAAAUAGAUUUAAUUCAUAAUACAACCUUAGCAAUGGUUAUUAAUCGUAAUAUGCCAAGUUAUGCUUCUAUGCCAACAAACAUAUGGAUAGUUCAACCUCCUGCUGUUCCCAAUGUUACCACCACAACGAAUACAUAUCCUCAAUUUAAUAAUUUAAAAUUUUCCAAUACGUAUCAAGUUCAAUGGAGGAUUGAUGGUUCCGACAUUUACUUCCUAAUGACAAUGCAAAGCUCAAAUGCUUGGUUUGCUAUUGGACUCAAUCCAUCAGAUAACGGCAUGACGGAUGCUGACAUGAUAAUUAUAUCUGUCAAUUCCUCUUCAAAUGUAGACGUUGGUGUUUACAAAUCUACUGGUUACCAACGUCCUAAUGAAGUCAAUGGAAAUUUUAUUACUGUUUUAAACAGUACAGUUUCUGGAGGAUACACUCAAGUUGAAUUAAAACGUUCCCUUAGUACACCUAAUCUAAAACCAAUUACUGAUUCAUCGAUAAAAGUAAUUUAUGCAUUCAAUCCAAAUAGCUAUCAACUAAAUUAUCAUGGUGGAAAUCGAGGGCUCAUGCUAGUUAAUUUCUUGACAGGACAAAGUAGUGCUGUUACUGGCACUACUGUUGUACAAAGUAACACCAUGCAAUUAUUUCAUGGAAUUGGAAUGUUUUCAAUGUGGUGUAUCUUAUUCCCAGUAGCCAUGUCAUCAGUUACAGUACAAUUUAGAGUUAACCAUGGAAUACUUGGUACCACUGUUUAUGCUACUUUAGCUGCUCAAAUUGGACUCGGAUUAUUGGCAAUGUAUGGAUUGGCUAAAGUUGAAUCUGCUGUCAGUGAAUUUUAUUACAAGAUCAAAAAUCUUCAAUUUUUAUGGCCAACACAAAAAAACAUAAAUGGCCCUAAUAAACGGCUUCACAAUAGAAUUCCUGCUAGGAUUUAUGAAUCACUUCCUACUUACACAUGGGAGGAAUUUAAUGAUAAAAUUUUGACCGGUGCUUGUCUUGUUGUGGCAGAAGGAUUGGUAUUUGAUGUUCAUAAAUGGAUAAAAGUUCAUCCUGGUGGGCAAAGAAUUUUACGUAGAGUGAUUGGGACAGAUAUUACCAAUGAUUUCUUUUUUGAUCCCAAUGUACAAAUGGCUAUAAUCAGUAAUUGGAAUAGUGAAAAAGGAAAAUUAGAUGAAAUACCUACUGAAUCUGCUUUACCAGAUGAGUCAUCACGACUUCCAUUGAAACGAAAAAAAGUAACUUCUCAUGUUCCAAAUUCAACCGCAAGAACAAUUGAUUUAAUUAAUAGUAUAACCUUUAAAAAUACUCGAGUUGCAAUGCACAGACAUUCUAAAUUUGCAACUUCUAGGUUGGCAACAAUGGUUGUAGGACGCAUUUCUGAUUAUGAGUCUGAAAAAGUUGAUAACCCAAUCGGUGGUAAUGGAUUUUUUCCAACUGCAAUUGCAAAACUUGACGUUGCAAAACUUCCACCACAUGCAUUUAGAAGGUUUAUUCUUAUAAAUGUUGAAGAAGUUACAAGAUAUGAUGCCGAAAUUCCUGUUAAAAAGUUUACUUUUCAAAUUAUUCAUCCAUUUGAUAAAUUACCAAAAAUUUUACCUGGUGAUUACAUUGAAGUUAUGAGUUAUACGAAUAAAUCUACUAUUGUUCGACAAUAUACAGCACUUAAAGGACCAACUGAGAAUACCUUUUCAAUUAUUGUAAAGAUUUAUAGCGAUGGUGUUAUGUCUCAACAUUUGCAUAAACAACUUAAAAAUUUUGAGAUUGCUGUUCGAGGACCAUUUGAUGUUUCAGAACGAAUUGUACCAACUUCAUCAAUCGUUCCUAAUUUUGAACCAUCAGGAUUACGAUAUAGACCUUCUACUCGUCAUGGUACUCGGUCAGUUGUUAGUAGUAGGUAUAAAGCACCAAUAACAGAUGAUUCUAGUGAAAAGGAAUCCCCAUCUCGACCGAGAAUUUUAUUAAAUCAUAAAAGAGAUGACAAGUGUUGGGAUCGUCUAUUUCUUAUCUGUGGAGGUUCAGGCAUAACUCCGGGACUUCAAUUGAUCGAAUACCAUUUAGAUCAAGCAGAAGAAUUAAAUUCAGAUUUUAAUAUUCAUUUACUUUUUGCAAAUCAUUCAAUUGAAGAUAUUAUUAAUUAUAAAUAUCUUAUGUUUCUUCAAGAAAAUAGUGAUGACAAAUUUACAGUAGAUUUUAUUCUAUCAAAAGCACCACCGGCAUGGAAAGGUUAUGCAGGACACAUAGAUGAUAGAAUAUUAUAUCAUUGGAUGCAUGAACGUUAUAAAAUUGAUCCACCACCAAAAAUUCCUGAAAGACCAAAUAUUAAUCAAUCAAGAACUCAAUCAAGAACUUCUUAUCGUAAUAAUGAAACAGAUGAUAUUUUUGAAGAUACUACUGCAAUUCAUUCUGAUGAAGAUAAUGAUACUUUAUCAACCACUCGAGGUCAUUCUUUUAUUUCAAAUAGAACAAUGAAUUCACGUCCACCAACAAGUGUUUUAUUAAUGAUGAAUGAAAUACAAGAAUAUAUGGACCUUCUAUCAAGUGAUGAUUCACAAGAAAUAAGAAUCAUGGUUUGUGGUCCUCCAGCUAUGAUGGAUAGUGUCAGAAUAAAUCUAGGAAAAUUAGGAUUCCCUGAUGAAAAAGUUAUAUUCAUCUCAUGA